UGUCUUAACUCAUUGGUUGUGUUCACAAGUUCUACUACUGCAAGUCCUUUUCUUUUAAUGGAUUGGUCUUUUGCAAGAAAUAGACAAAAUAUCAGUGUGAAUUACAGAAAGCCCUCUUCCAUGCUAUUAUGGGUGAAACUCUGGGAGAGUCUCUUAUUGACCCAGAAAGCGAUUCCUUUGCUGAUACACUGUCUGCAAGCACUUCACAAGAAAUUACCAUGGUUGACACCGAGAUGCCAUUUUGGCCCACCAACUUUGGAAUCAGCUCCGUGGAUCUCUCUGUUAUGGAUGACCACUCCCAUUCUUUUGACAUCAAGCCUUUCACCACUGUGGAUUUCUCCAGCAUUUCCACUCCACACUAUGAAGACAUUCCAUUUGCAAGAGCAGACCCAAUGGUUGCUGAUUAUAAGUAUGACCUGAAGCUCCAAGAGUACCAAAGUGCAAUCAAAGUGGAGCCUGCAUCCCCACCUUAUUAUUCUGAAAAGACUCAGCUGUACAAUAAGCCUCAUGAAGAGCCUUCCAAUUCCCUCAUGGCAAUUGAAUGCCGAGUCUGUGGAGAUAAAGCUUCUGGGUUCCACUAUGGAGUUCAUGCUUGUGAAGGAUGCAAGGGUUUCUUCCGGAGGACAAUCAGAUUGAAGCUCAUUUACGAUAGGUGUGACCUUAACUGUCGGAUCCACAAAAAAAGUAGAAAUAAAUGUCAGUACUGUCGGUUUCAGAAAUGCCUCGCUGUGGGGAUGUCUCACAAUGCCAUCAGGUUUGGGCGGAUGCCGCAGGCUGAGAAGGAGAAGCUGUUGGCGGAGAUCUCAAGUGAUAUUGACCAGCUGAACCCAGAGUCGGCUGAUCUCCGGGCCCUGGCAAAGCAUUUGUAUGACUCAUACAUAAAGUCCUUCCCGCUGACCAAAGCAAAGGCGAGGGCAAUCUUGACAGGAAAGACAACAGACAAAUCACCAUUUGUUAUCUAUGAUAUGAAUUCCUUAAUGAUGGGAGAAGAUAAAAUCAAGUUCAAACACAUCACCCCCUUGCAGGAGCAGAGCAAAGAGGUGGCCAUUCGCAUCUUUCAGGGAUGUCAGUUCCGCUCAGUGGAAGCUGUUCAGGAGAUCACAGAGUAUGCCAAAAAUAUCCCUGGUUUUGUAAACCUUGACUUAAAUGACCAAGUAACUCUCCUAAAAUAUGGCGUCCAUGAGAUCAUUUACACGAUGCUGGCCUCCUUGAUGAAUAAAGAUGGGGUUCUCAUAUCGGAGGGCCAAGGAUUCAUGACAAGGGAGUUUCUAAAGAGCCUGAGAAAGCCCUUUGGUGACUUUAUGGAACCCAAGUUUGAGUUUGCUGUGAAGUUCAACGCACUGGAAUUAGAUGACAGCGACUUGGCGAUAUUUAUAGCCGUCAUUAUUCUCAGUGGAGACCGCCCAGGUUUGCUGAACGUGAAGCCCAUCGAGGACAUCCAGGACAACCUGCUGCAAGCCUUGGAGCUCCAGCUCAAGAUGAACCACCCCGAGUCCUCCCAGCUCUUUGCCAAGCUGCUCCAGAAAAUGACAGACCUCAGACAGAUUGUAACAGAACAUGUGCAGCUAUUGCAAGUCAUAAAGAAAACAGAGACAGACAUGAGUCUUCACCCGCUCCUACAGGAAAUAUACAAGGACUUGUAUUAGCAGAGAAGUCCGAGUUCACUGACCAUGUGUUCCUUCUUCCGAUUGCACUAUUAUUUUGAGGGGAAAUCUGACACCUAAAAAAUUUACUGUGAAAAAGCAUUUUAAAAAGAAAAGGUUUUAGAAUAAUAGAUCUAUUUUAUGCAUAUUGUUUAUAAAGAUACAUUUACAAUUUACUUUUAAUAUUAAAAAUUACCACAUGAUGAAA